AUGGCUGGUAUAAAACGCGUGUGCAGCGAUCACUCGAUCAGUUACGAACAGAUCGUCGAAACAACACAAUCACUCACAAUGAAGAUUUUUAUCCUACUCGUCCUAACAAUCACUGUUGUAAGUGGUGUGGCGCAUGAUAAAACGACCGAGGAACGUGCGGAAUCGAACGAGGAGAAGUAUUCCCAGCAUCAAUCGUACGAGGCUUACGACUACGGACACCAGCAGGAUGAUGGAAACUACAUCGACUAUGAGGAGCACAAUGUGCAUCAGGUCGAAAAGGUGCCCAUCCCGUAUCAAAUUGAAGUGCCAAAACACGUGCCCGUUGAGGUGAAAGUCCCUUACCCUGUGGAGGUUGAGAAGAAGGUUCCGGUCGUCGUCGAGACGAAGGUGCCGGUGUAUGUUGAGAAGAAGGUUCCAGUCCAUGUGGAUCGCCCGUAUCCAGUGGAAGUGAAGGUCCCAGUACAUGUCCCAGUUUAUCAGAAGGAGUAUGUUGAGGUCCCGAAACCCUACACCGUACACGUUGAUAAACCAUAUACAGUGUACGUGAAGCAGCCUGUCUACAUUGAGAAACCUGUACCGUUCACAGUUCUUGUGAAGAAAGAGCACAAGAAGAAGCCAUUCUGGUGGCUAUUCUAA